AUAUGUUCAUCUCCUCAUUCUCUACGUCUCUGUGUUCACAUUCGUUGCUUCAGUUUGAUUAUUAUCCAAGAAAAAUUCUUACUUUCAGAUCAGAGAUUUCUUCCGGAAUGCAAGUCACAUCUCUUCCUCUCUCAACCCAAGACGACUUGUCUUUCUUCUACAGCUUAUUUCAAGAUACCCUUACUGAAAUGAAUCCCAAUAACACUGCAACCCCAACCAAUAGCACCAAUAACAAUAAGAAACGGCGAAGGAAGGAUGUUGAUGAAGAUGAUGAUGAAGAAGCCAAGGGGGGGAAGAAGGGUUUGAAGGAAAUUCUCACUUCGUUACUCUUGUUGGAAGAACAAGAGAGAUCUGAUCAGAACGAGUGGGCUAAAGCUUCUCAAUUUGAGAAACAGCUCUUUGAGGCCAAUAACAAACAGAGAACUAAGGCUACGCUUGAAUACUAUUCUCAACUUCAAGAUUCUUACUCAGACAUGGAGGAAUCGGACGCCCACUUAUGUGCUAAACGUUCCCGUCUCUCUGCCACUGCUGCUGCUGCUGCUGUUGCCGUUGCUUCUGCCAAGUCCAAGCCUGACCCAUCGAUUCCUCCUUCCGUCGGUGGCGCCGCCGGUCCCCACCGUCGCCUCUGGGUGAAGGACCGUUCAAGGGCUUGGUGGGAUCAGUGUAACCAUCCUGAUUACCCAGAGAAGGAAUUCAAACGCGCGUUUCGGAUGAGUAGGGCUACCUUCGACAUGAUAUGUGAAGAGCUCAAUUCGGUCGUUGCCAAGGAGGAUACCAUGCUUCGAGCUGCGAUCCCUGUUCGCCAACGCGUUGCUGUCUGUAUAUGGAGGUUGGCUACCGGUGAGCCUCUCCGUCUCGUCUCUAAGCGAUUUGGGUUGGGCAUAUCUACUUGCCAUAAACUGGUACUUGAGGUCUGUUCCGCCAUUAAAACCGUUUUGAUGCCCAAAUUUCUGCAAUGGCCAGACGAGGAGACCUACAAGAAGACAAAGGAGGAUUUUGAAUCUAUUUCUGGAAUACCAAACGUGAUCGGCUCCAUGUACACUACCCAUAUCCCAAUUAUUGCUCCCAAGAUAAGUGUUUCUGCGUAUUUCAAUAAGAGACACACAGAGCGUAACCAGAAGACUUCUUAUUCGAUUACAGUUCAGGGGGUUGUUGAUCAAAAAGGGGUUUUUACAGAUGUUUGCAUUGGUUGGCCUGGUUCAUUGCCUGAUGAUAAAGUUCUUGAGAAAUCUGCUCUAUAUCAAAGGGCUAAUGGAGGGCUCUUGAAGGGAGUUUGGAUUGUUGGAAGCUCUGGUUAUCCUCUAAUGGAUUGGGUUUUGGUGCCUUAUACUCACCAGCAUCUUACCUGGACCCAACACGCCUUCAAUGAGAAAAUUGGAGAGAUUCAACGCAUCGCUAAGGAUUCUUUCUCGAGAUUGAAGGGAAGAUGGAGCUGCUUACAGAAGAGAACCGAAGUGAAACUCCAGGAUUUGCCUGUGGUUUUAGGUGCUUGCUGUGUUUUGCACAACAUAUGUGAGAUGAGGAAUGAAGAAAUUGAACCAGAGCUCAAGUUUGAGCUUAAUGACGAUGAGGUUGUCCCUGAGAAUGGCCUUAGAUCAGUGAGUUCAAUGCAUGCUAGAGAUAACAUUGCUCAUAAUCUCCUGCACCAUGGCCUUGCAGGAACUGCUUUUUUGUAGCUCAAACAAAUAGAAUUCCUUUCUGAAGAACCCAAAAACAAAAAAAAAAAUUUUGACUGGAUAGAAGAUUUAUGAUUCUUUAGGUUAUGUGGCCUUGUCAUAGAAUAAUACCAUUUUUAUUAAUCCUUUGUAGUUUGUGGAGGGGUGUAUGUAUAGGAUUCUUUUACUCCCAAAAC